AUGAUUAACGUUAAACUAUUUUUACAGGAAGAGAUCUGUUAUUUUUCUUCAUUGUCUUUAUUUUUAGAUAUUUACUGCAAGAUAUAUAAAAUAAUGUUUGUUUCUGUUGGUCUUUUUCUAUCAAUUCUAAUUUACACAGUUAAUGGAUUAAUUCCAUCAUCAACAAUUGAAACGGAUGUAAAUGAAUUGACAAAAUUACAUAAACAAUUUCUCGAUCGAUCACCAUCUGUACCUUCUCGUCAAGCAUAUGAUGUUCGAUGUCGAGCUGUUGAUGAAUGCUGUCCAAAUGAAAAAGAAAAUAUUUUUAGUUUAUUUAGUGAAAGUCAAUUUAAUGAAAAAUGUUUGACUAACAGAACAAAAAUGGCCAAAUCAUCUCUUUCAUCAUUGUGUAUGUCAAAACUUCAUCAAUUAAUACAAUUAACAAAAGAACCAGUUUAUAAUCGAUAUUUUCAAGUUCUUGGUAACAAUGCAAAUCGUCUUAAUCGAAUUAAAAUAUGGAAAAAACAAAUGAAAAUGGUUUGCUCAAACGAUGAACUUAAUGCUUAUUAUUGUGAACGCGAAAAUAUUGAAAAAUUUAAGUCAUGUCAAAGAAAAGUUCUAGAAAUGGUUGCAAAAGAAAAUAUUGACGAUGAUGAAAUUAUCUAUAGAACAUAUGUUUCACAAUGGGAACAAGAAUAUGCUAUUGAUAAUCAAAAACUUGCAAAAGCGUUUCCUUAA